GCCAGACGGGAGGCGCGAAGCUUCCACAUGACGCAGGCCACGUGCGCACGCGCACGAGGGGGCGGGGCGCUGGCCUCCAGUGCGCGUGCCCAGAUCCCUCUCGCCCCGCCCCCCGGCGUGACCCCGGCGGUUUGCUCCGCCCAGUGGAGGGGGGAUGGGGAGGCGUUGGGCGGGGCCGAGAUAGGAAGUUGCAGGCCCCUCAGCGCCCAGCCCUGGGGGACGCUAGCCCCUGCGAGGCGAUGCGAGCGUGGGUCUUAGUCUCCGCGGUGCUCUGGUACCUCACCAGAGUGGGAUGGCAGCGUUUUUCCGAAUUCACUGAGAAAGGCUUCGUGUACGGCAAGCUAGUGCACACAGUGAAGAUAUAUGUAGAAUUACACCAUAAUAGCCCAUUCCUUGUCUGUAUGGAUAUACACCUUGCUAAAAAAGAAACAGUGGACCCUACCUACUUAUGGAUUGGGCCUGAUGAAAAGCCAUUAACAGGAAAUUAUCGAAUAAAUAUAACUAAAACAGGAAAGCUGAUGGUGAAAGAUUUUAUGGAGUCUUUAUCUGGACUUUAUACAUGUACUCUUUCUUAUAAGCUUAUCAAAGUACAAACCCAAAAAGAAAAGAUGGUAAAGAAUAGAUAUUACUUUAUGAUGUUUGCCUAUCGGGAACCUGAUUAUUCAUAUCAGAUGGCCGUACGUUUUACCACAAAAUCUUGUGUAGGAAGAUACAAUGAACAGCUUUUUACAGUGCUUAAGAAAAUCUUGAAUAAUUUAAUUUCUGAUUUGUCUUGCCAUAUCAAACAACCAUCAUAUAAAUGCCAUUUUGUCAAACUUCCAAAACAUGGCAUCAUACCUGAAUUAUUUAUAGCCUUUCAAGUUCAUGCUUUUGUACCACAGUGGAAAAGUGCAUGCAAUGAAGCUGUAGACUGUGAAGAUAUCACUAAUUAUAAUAUCCUCCAGGCAAGAGAUCGAAUAGCAGAAUUUUUCCGAAGCCAAGCAUUUAUUUUCUACCAUGGCUAUAAUAAAACUCUACCAGCUAUGCAUUUUAUAGACCACAGUUUUCAAAUGGCACGUAUGGAUAGCUGUCGUCCAGGCUUUGGGAAAAAUGAAGGUCUACACAGUAAUUGUGCUACCUGUUGCGUGGUUUGUAGUCCUGGGACUUUUAGUCCUGCUGCUGAUGUUACUUGUCACACUUGCAUUUCCAUCCUUGCCUACGGAGCUAAAUUUUGUCCAUAA